CUCCACCUACUUUCUCUCUACAUCUCUGUUUGGAUUUCCCGCUUGAUUUUACUCUACUAAGCUGUUAACUGGAACAGCUCCUUUAAUAACCAAUGGUAAUAAAACAUAUUCAUAGCAUACAGAGGGAAAUCCCACAUCACCCCAUUGAGUUGGAGGUGUGAUAGGAAAGGGGACCCUGCAAACAGAAUGUAGUAAGGCAAAAAACAAUGCAGAGAGACAAGGAUGAAAGGGAUAGGGACCCUGGUUCUCCAGUGAAUGGAGUUGAGGUGAAAGGAGGGGCACUGGUAAGCAAGGUGUUAGCAGGCUGAGGUGAGAAUGGGGAGACCAUCCUGGAGGACAGGAAGUCUAAUGUGAUUCACCUACCAGAAUCCCUGCCGGAUGAAGCCACCAGGGUGUGGUGGGGUGUUGUGGGGGUGGGGGAAGUCCCAGGUAGAAAGCAUUUUGUUUCUAGGUAUCAGGUAAGAAGGGGUAAAGCUGGGUUCACAGCAUUCAGUGCAGUUCCCAGGGAGGAUUGGAAGGAGAAUGAACAUCACCACCAGUACCAGCCCAGUGUGUUCACCAGAUGGCCCAAGUUGAGAGUCCCUUAGACUUCAUUUUUGAUUUUAGCUCUUUUUUUCUCACAUUUCUUUUGUUAUUCUUAUUUUAUUUUUCUAGGUUUUACUAUCCUUUAUUUCAUCUUCUUUUCUUCUUUUAUUUGUUUGUUUUUAGGUAGCAUUUGUAGCAAUCUUAGCUACAAUGACUACAUCCAGUGAGGAGGGGUCAUCAGAGACCAGCCCAGUGCCUAGUAUUUUUGAAGAAGAGAGCUUUCAGUCUCAGUAUAGAGUCCUGAGGACCAUCGGCCGGGGGAGCAAUGCCAAGGUCCAGCUGGCCCACCACCGCCUCACAGGUACCCCCGUGGCUGUCAAAGUGCUUCAAAAAAAGAAGAAGUGGUGUCACUCAGUCAUGACUGAGGUAGAUAUCAUGAUGAUGGUCAGUCACCCCAACAUCAUCUCACUCCGCCAAGUAAUUGAGUGUGAGAAGAGAAUAUACCUAGUCAUGGAGCUGGCCGAGGGACAACAGCUUUAUCAAUACAUCCGACAGGCUGGACACCUGCAGGAGGACGAGGCCCGGGGAAUAUUCAGACAAAUAAUAAGUGCUGUGAGCUACUUCCAUGAGCUUGGGAUAGUUCAUCGGGACCUGAAACCAGACAAUAUCAUGCUGAAUGAGAAUGGAAAAGUCAAAAUCAUCGACUUUGGCCUCGGCACACAAGUCAAACCUGGGCAAAGGCUAAACCGGCACUGUGGCGCUUACUCCUUCGGGGCCCCUGAACUCUUUCUUGGCAAGCUAUAUGAUGGCCCCAAGAUCGACAUAUGGACCAUGGGAGUCGUCUUAUAUUUCAUGGUAGUCGGGAAGGUCCCAUUUAAUGCUGUCACCAUACCAGAACUGCGAAGGCAGGUUGUGUCAGGGAAGUAUCCUGUCCCCUCGAACUUGUCAGAAGAACUCCGGGACCUGCUUAGCCGUUUAAUGACAGUCAACCCCAGGUUUAGGCCCACAGUGACCGAGGUGAUGACACACCCCUGGCUCAGGGAAGACUUGGAGGCUUCACCAAAUCCCUGUGAGGAAAUAGUCCCCAGCUUGCCUGACCCAGCAAUUGUAGAAGCCAUGGAAUAUAUGGGGUUCCAAGCCCAGGAUAUCAAAGAUUCGUUGCAUCAAAGAAAGUACAAUCAGACCAUGGCAUCCUAUUGCUUACUGCAAGAGCAGGCUCUCCAGGGGCAUGGCCGCACAACCCGGGCUCAGCCUGUGAAUCCAGGGCUGACUCCAUUCCCUUCACUUGAAGAUCCCGCUGCUUUCCCUAUAGAACUGAGGAGGAGGGGAAGUGAGCCAGCCCUUGGCACAUUACUCAGACAGCCAGCCACUUAUGGUCAUGUGCCUGCCUAUGGCCAGCAGGCAGGUCAAAGAGGAAGCAGACAUCCUGCUGGGUCUGCUCUCCCUCUCUGCAGGCCACUCCAGAGGCCAUCCACACCGGAUCAAGCCCACCAGCGUGCCAAGAGUGCUCCCUGCAUUUAUUCAACGAGCAACAGCAGUGAGAACACGGAAGACUUAGGCUCCCACGGCUCCUCAGCAGAGGGCAAGCCCACCCACAGACGGGGCCAGCCCAGGGGCUUGAAGGGAUGGACAAGGAGGAUAGGAAGCGCCCUGAUGAGACUGUGUUGCUGCUUUCCCUCAAGGAAGAAACCUCGCCUAGGGCAGAACAGAGUCUCCCCUCAGAAAUGAGGCACAAGGAGGGAGUUUGGAGAACAAGCAGCAAGUAUGGCCCAGUGUUAUUGGAAAUACUCUCUUGUCCUGAGGAGGCACAGAAGGUGAUGUCAGACACAUGGUGGUCAAGAAGAGACACAGCAGCAGCAGCUGACCCCGUGGUGUCUCUAUGGGAACUGUUACUUCUAGAGCUAGACACCAUGCGUCAAUUGAUUAGGAACAUGUUUGGUUUAACUAACACCAGUAUUCAUGAAAGACACAGAGAUAUUACUAGGACUGAUGUCUUCCUUGGGAGCUGGACACAGGCAGCGAUACAAGCAGCACACUACAUUCCUGAUGAGGAGCACCCUCUCCACGCUGCUGAUGACUGCAGUGUGAUGAGGAGCACCAUCUCCAUGCUGAUGACUGCAAGUGAUGAGGAGCACCAUCUCCAUGGUGAUGACUGCAAUAUGAUGAGGAGCACGGUCUCCACGCUGUUGAUGACUGCACUAAGGCGAGGAGCAUCCUCUACACGUUAAUGAUUGCAAUGUGAUGAGGAGCAACCACUACAAGCUGUUGAUGAAUGCAAUGUGAUGAGGAGAACCCUCUCCACGCUGGUGCCUGCAAUGUGAUGAGAAACACCCUCUCCAUGCUGAAGACUGCACUGCAAAGAGGAGCCCCCUUGCCACGCUGCUGAUGACUGCAAUGUGAUGAGGAGCACCCGCUCCAUGCUGAUGAAUGCAAUGUGAUGAGGAGCACCCUCUC